CGCGGCCGCGCGGCCUGCCCGAGCUCGACUCUCGCCAGUGAGUUCGCGCCCCGCGCUCGUUAAACUCGUAUUUCUUAUAUUCCACCACUUUGACGACUUCUCACUGAUGCCGACCGACGAGUCAGGGCGCGGCGUAGCGAGCUGGGUGGCGCGGUGGUGGCGCGCGCUGCUGGCCGAGCUGCUCGCCACGGCGCUGCUGGUGCUACUGGGCGUGGCCACGCUGCUGCCGCCGGGCGCGCCGCUCACGCACCCCGCGCUGGCGUUCGGCUUCAUCGUCCUGGCCAACAUCGAAGCGUUCGGGCCCGCGUCGGGCGCGCACAUGAACCCGGCCGUCACGCUGGCCGCCGCGCUGGCCGGCCGCAUACCCGCGCCCGCCGCGCUCGCGUACGCGCUGGCGCAGUUGGUGGGCGCGGUGCUCGGGUUCGCGGCGCUCAUGGCGCUGGCGCCGGGCUCGUUCUCCGACGCGAGCGUGGUGGUGGGCGGCACGGCGCCGGCCGCGGUGGGCCCGCUGGCCGCCGCCGCCGUGGAGGCGCUGCUCACGGGGCUGCUGGCGCUGCUCUGCUGUGGCCUUUGGAGCGCCGAAGAGGAAGGCAAACAGGACCCAACUGUCUCCAUCAAAUUCGCUCUUACAGUUGCGGGCCUCAUUUAUGCGGGGUUGGCCGUCCAGUGUGGAGAUGCUAGAGCUAUAUACUCGGGGGUGGAAGUGUCUAAUGGCCUUAUGACGGGGUAA